AUGUGGAGACUUUUCAUCCCAGUGGAGAAGAAUCAGGCUCGCGUGCAGAAGAUGUUCCCGAAGCUACAAGUGCUGCAGCCUUCUACACAAACUGCAACCGCCCCAAAGUUGUCCUCGGCCGGCUGUGACCCUGGGUUGCCCGUGCCUCCGUCUUCAGGCAGACUUAAGGAUGAGUCUUGCUCCAGCGUGUAUGUUACCCCGGAGAUAGGCUAUGAGCACGUCCGUGGUCCCAGCUAUGCCCGGGACCCCACCAUUGCCCAUGAGCCCUGUCCUGGCUCGCCCCCUCCCUGUGAGCCCCACGCCGGUGUUGCUCUCAACACCGAUGCCCUCUGCAGUCCGUGCGAUAAACGAAGUCCUCAGAAACAACCGCCCUGCAUGCCUCUGCAGCCCUCGGAGCCCAGCCUCUACGGGGUACAGAAGCUCCCCGUAGACAAAGGGCCGUGUCCAGUGUUCACCGCAACCCCGCCAAGAGGCCAGUGCCUUCUCCACAACUGGACGGAGGAGAGAGCCACCAACCACUUGGAUCAAGUCCCAAGCAUGCAGGAUGGCUCCGAGAGUUACUACUUCCGAAACGGACACCAAGGACUGCUGACCCUGCAGGCACCGGCACGCCUCAGCACCACCCAGCGAGAUUCAUAUCAGCACCCAAUGCGGCUGGGGCAACCAUCUAAAGGAAAACGUGAAGCCAUGACUGAGAUACUCCUGCACCAUCAGAUCAGGAAAGAGAUGCAGGCAGAAGAGAAGCUCACCAGAGUACAGUGUGAGAUGGAAUCCGUAAUGCACCGGGACUAUAAAAGGGAGCUGGUGCAGGCAGGGCCUCCUGCCCCUAAAAAGCCUCAUAACUACCAGCAGGAGCAGCCGGAAACCUUCUGGUUACAGAGAGCAUCGCAGCUGCCGGGGGUCAGUUACAUCAGGACACUGGACACGCCAUUCCGGAAGAACUGCAGCUUCUCAACACCCGUGCCCUUGUCUCUAGGGCAGCCACUGCCCUAUGAGUCUGAGGACUAGUCUUAAGGACAGGGAGGAUUCUCUCCUCCCUUGCCAUCAAGCAAGAGGGCAGGGUGGUGGGAAGGGACAGAACUCCUGUCUAGGGACUGAGGGUGGAAGCAGGGUAUAGAAUAUGGAUUCUUAUUUGUCUGCUGCACAGGUGGGAAGUGACUUCCAUCUACACUUGGUGAAAAGCAUUAACAUAAAAUGACCUCACACCUCUUGACAUGGUUUAUUCCACGAUUCCAUAAGCUGCUUCUAGUCCUUGAAGAUGCCCCUAACCCAGACUGUCACACCAC